GCGUGGAGACACGGGUGCUCGCUAUUCAAGUCAUGGACUGCAGCAAGGAGAACAUUUAGGAGCCGGUGGCGGCUUUUAUUUACACCCAACCACAGCGCCCAGCCAACCUGCUCUCACAGAUCUGAUCGAUAGGUGCUGUGGUCGUGUAGACGCGCGAUGAGAAUCUAUCGGUGCCGUUUUGUCAUGUGAGAUAACGGUCGCCUCGGGACGGAGAUAUCCUUAAUUUCUAGCUAGAUUCGUUUUGCGCUCGCUGCCACCCGAUCAGCCGUAGAUUUAAUAAUUCGCCGUGACGGAUGUAUGCCUGGAAAAUACCCCUCUAAUUCACGUGUUUACGGAUUUAUACCGCUUUUUGUGUGAUAGAGAAUUUUGGACUUUGGCUGUAGGUAGACGAGUCUCUCUCACAGACACCAGAAACUCUGCUGGAUUGUUAUCCUGGAAAAUAUCAUCCAGCCCAACGAGGGGAAGAGGGGAUGAAUGGUGGUCGCAGCGCAACUCUUUUUUUUUCUUUUCUUUUUUUUUUUUUUUUGAAUGUUAGAUUUUGACUUGCGAUCGGCACAGACUGCAGCAUUCUUCCGUCCGCUUUCUCAUGGAGAUUUGUGCCUCGAUCUGACUGCAAACCUUCAAAACCGGACCGGGCCCUUCUGAUUCCGCCUGCUGCUCCUCAACUCGACCAUCUUCAUUCGAGAAAAUGCAGAACACUAACAGCAGAUGAACUAUGAAUGCUGAACAAAAUGAUCUCCACCCUCCAGCGCCAGACAAUGAGAGGUCGUAGGCUGAAGGGGGCACUGUCGGACCCCCUCUUUGUGCUGCUCUUGGCUCUUCAGAUCUUGGUGGUGGCAGGGCUCGUCCGCGCUCAGACCUGCCCUUCAGUCUGCUCAUGCAGUAACCAGUUCAGCAAAGUCAUAUGCACCCGGCGAAGCCUGCGCGACGUUCCAGAUGGCAUUUCCACUAACACUCGUUACCUUAAUCUCCAGGAUAACCUUAUCCAGGUAAUCAAGGUUGACAGUUUUAAACAUCUGCGCCAUCUGGAGAUACUACAGCUGAGCAAGAAUCACAUCCGCAGCAUUGAGAUUGGCGCCUUCAAUGGCCUCACCAGCCUCAACACUUUGGAGCUCUUUGAUAAUCGGCUCACGACAAUCCCCAUUGGAGCGUUUGAGUAUUUGUCCAAGCUUAAAGAAUUGUGGCUUCGGAACAACCCCAUCGAGAGUAUUCCGCCCUAUGCCUUCAACAGGGUCCCGUCGCUACGAAGGCUGGACUUGGGCGAGCUCAAACGUCUCUCGUACAUUUCCGAUUUAGCGUUCAAGGACUUAAGCAAUCUGCGCUACCUGAAUUUAGGAAUGUGCAACCUCAAAGAGAUCCCUAACAUCUUGCCGCUUGUGCGACUUGAAGAGCUGGAGAUGUCGGGAAACCAGCUGUCCGUCGUCAAGCCCAGCUCAUUCGCCGGACUUGUGAACCUUCAGAAGCUCUGGAUGAUGCAUGCCCAGAUCCAGACCAUCGAGAGGAAUUCUUUUGACGACCUGGCCUCACUGGUGGAGUUAAAUCUCGCCCACAAUAACCUCACCUUCUUACCCCACGACCUCUUUACACCCUUGCAUCGCUUGGAGCGAGUCCACCUCCAUCACAACCCCUGGAACUGCAACUGCGAUAUCUUGUGGCUCAGCUGGUGGCUGAAGGAGACGGUGCCUGCCAAUACCAGCUGUUGCGCUCGCUGUCACACUCCCUCAGUCUUCAAAGGUCGAUACAUCGGGGAGCUGGACCACAGCUACUUUCAGUGUGACGUGCCGGUCAUCGUGGAGCCCCCCACUGACUUAAAUGUGACGGAGGGCAUGGGAGCCGAGCUUAAAUGCCGUACAAGUUCCUUGACAUCCAUUAGCUGGCUGACACCAAAUGGCUCAUUAGUGACACACGGGGCGUACAAGGUGCGCUUGUCCGUGCUCAACGAUGGAACGCUGAACUUCACGAGCGUGGUGAUGCAGGACACUGGAACCUACACCUGCAUGGUUAGCAACACAGCGGGCAACAUUUCUGCCUCCGCUGUGCUCAAUGUCACCUCUGUGGAUAACAGCGGGGUGACCUAUUUCACCACUGUCACUGUGGAGACCAUUGAGGCUCCUGGGGAAGACAUUCAAACCCCACUUCCCCCAUUUGGCUGGGUUUCAUCCUCCACCACAAAAGGCACUCCUGUUUCCACAAGGACCACAGAGCGGACUUACACCAUUCCAGUUCUCGAUCAGGACGGCGAGGGAGCUCUCAACGGCCUGGAUGAGGUGAUGAAAACCACCAAGAUUAUUAUCGGCUGCUUCGUGGCCAUCACGCUUAUGGCCGCUGUAUUGCUGGUCAUUUUCUACAAGAUGAGGAAGCAGCAUAACCAGCAGGAUCCCGACGGCCCGGCCUCCUCCAUGGAGGUCAUCACUGUCGAGGAAGAGCUGGCAGGUGUUGCAGCCAUGGAGAGGCACCUAUCACUUCCACCGCUGGAGCACUACAAUCACUACAACACCUACAAGAACACAUAUCAUCACCCGGCAAUGCUCAGUACUAUACACAGCUCAGCUGCGCAGGAACCUUUACUCAUUCAAGCCUGCUCUAAAGACAACGUUCAAGAAACCCAAAUCUAAUCAGUGACCUACUUUUGUCCACAUACAAAAAAAAAAAAAAAACCUGAGGAAUUUCAUAUUUGGGAUAUGACAAACAUCAUGAAGAUGAAAAUACUUUCAAGUGACUUUAUGACAUAGUCGAUGUCGAUAAAUCAGCAUUUGGCAAAGGGACCACAGAUGACUCUUUGAAAGUGUCUUUACAAAAACAAAGAUUAUUUAUUUAUAAUAAAAAAAAAAGAUGUUAAGUGGCAAAAUUAAGAAAGAAGUCCAUUUGUAAGAGGUUUUUCUUUUAGCACUUUUGAUUUCUCUCUUUUUCUCUGUGUAAUAUUGCUUAAGGAAAAGAAUGGUUUGCCAUAAAUGUGAAUACCUGAUGUUUCGUGUAGAUAUGUGGCAUCUUCAUGCUCAUGAGUCAAAUUCUUUCUGGUGAGGGCCGUUGUUAUUUUUAUACAUGGAAUCUGUCACGUUCCUGUCUUCUGUUCAGAAUUGAUUUUCACUGUAGUAGUCAAGCCUGGGACAUAACAGUGGGGAUGCACCCGGCAAAUAAGCUGAUAAUUAAGAUAAAGUUCACGCUAUCGCCAUUUCCCCUUUUCAUCCCCCCUUGGUCUCCACAGUCGCAGCACUCCCUGCCUCCUCCUUUCUCCAGAUUUAGCCUCAUUACAUACCGCCUUUGCUCUCCUCUAUUAUUGUCUCCGCUUCCAUUGUUUGAUUUUCUCUGUCACUAAGUUCAGGCACGUGUUUCACCUUUCGCUGUCUCUCAUUUGUCGCUCUUUAUCCGUGCCAUGCGCUGCGUUACAGCAGAACAUUAGCACCGAAAGGAAAAAAAAAAGAAAAGCGCGGGAGCAGACGGCAGAAGUCAGUCGUCUCACUUUUAACCCAGAAAUGAUGUACAUCCAUGCACCCCAGGGUCGCACAGGCUUAUACGCUGAUAGUCCAUCUGUUAGUUACAGAUAAAGAGGCAAAUGAGGCUGCUUUGUAAUGUAGUGUGACUCUGUCAGACUAACACAGACAUGCCUGACAAACCCCGAGAAGCACUGAGGAACCUGCUGCAAAAUAAGGAGGAAUAGGUUAUAGCUCAUUAAUCCGUAUCAGCAGUUCAUUUGCAGACUAACAGAGGAAAGCUGAUAGCAAACCAGCAUGAGGUUGUUCCUCUCUCCCUGUGCCUAACAUCUAACUGGGGAUGAAGGCCUUUGAUAUUGGAUCGACCCCUGCACAGUCUCGUUUCGGCUGGCGAAAAACAUACACACGCUUUGAUGUUUCAUCAUUUAUAGACGAUCAAAACAUUUUUCCCUUCCUGUAGUCUGUUUGCGUUUACUCUUUCAAAAGAAGAAGGGCAAAGCUGGGAUAAAGGGUGAGGAUCAGCGGGAGGGCGGAGCCAAGGCAGUUCCACAACUCGUGAAGUGUUUCAUUCUGAGGUAUUGCAGAUGAGUAGCGAAGUAAGUGAAGGAGAAAAAAAAAGGAAAACGGAUGAUCUGGUAAAAGCUUUCCAUCAGGCUAUCACCAUGGAAACAGUGACCCCGAACAGGAAGUGGGUUGGCCUGUUGUUCUGAUCUUCACAUGACAGUGUCCCAUAAACUGUUCAUUAUUGACUAAAUUGAGGUAAUAUUGUACUUUAUUCAAAUGGGGCCGCUCGAUUGGGCUGUCUGCCCGCCAGUUUUUACGUGAUCUAUUUCCACCUCGGUGAAGACAGAGCUUACACGGGACAACGGUCUCCUUGGUUUCAAAAUGCCUAUUGAGAAAGGACGAAUGUGCCACCAAAGGUAACAAGGGAACCAUUCUUUUCCUUCUACCCGUUUUCCUUUUCAGUGCUUCAAUGCUUUUCAAUGCUUUUGGUGGCUUAAUUAUUCAAUGUUGAAGCUGGCUAAACUUUGAAUAAUAUUUUAUAUCAAAUAAAUAUAUUUAGAAAUGAAGCGGUGCGGAGGGAACACGAAGGAUCAACUCUGCUCUGUUUGCUAGGACAGAGAGCUUUAUCUCGGAGAGAGGUCUGUAUGCCCAAGUCGGAUGGAGACGUGCAGAUUUUGUAUACCAGCAGAGUGAGCUUGAUUUUUGUGCAAGUCCCUUAAGCCAAGGUGAUACUAUGUUUGUGUGUUUUUCCGCCAACCGUCUGUGUA